AGGAACGAGUUUCGAUCUAUCGAGCGGCGCUUGGGACAGUCUGCUCGCGCUGCGACUUGGUCAGUGUCAGUGUUGUUCUCGACACGUUCGGUGAUCGAGGAGGACAAGGUAACUCGCUCAUGUAUACGCGACCGUCGACAGAAUGCGUCGAUAGAUCGACGACCGUUUAACUUCCGUCUCCGCCGCGACGUUUUCAAAACUCGGACUGCGAUUGCUCGAGGAACAGCACCUGUCCUGGAAAUUUUGCAAAUCGACACGCCGCAAGUGACGCGAAGUAGGAUACCUCAGUUUCUCUAAUGAUGAAAUUACUGACAGGCGUCGAAGAAGUGAACGACCAAAAAGAAAAGGUUUCCGACGAUGAUCAGCCGCACAACAACAACCAUGAGAUACAAGCUACGGCGGAGUUCGCGCAGGAGACGAUCAAACUGCUCACUGGGGAGGUGUAUCGCAGAGCCUCCAAGAAGUUGGAAGAGUCGCCUAUCAAAGGUAACGUCACGGUACAAGAUGAAGAAAAAAUGAGACGGCUCCUCGAUUUCGAAGAAGCUCCUGAAUAUCUUCAACACAACCCUUACAUUCUUCAUGGAUAUCGAGGAUAUCUUACUACAAAAUUAUGCGUCGAAAGUAUAUUCUGGUGGACGAACGAAACAGUGAAUAUAUGGAGCCACAUAUUUGGAUGGAUGUUAUUCUUUGGCUUGACGCUGUACGAUCUUUGCCUACUAAAUAUCCACGCACCGUUGGGUGAUAAAAUAAUCGUAGCUCUUUUACUAAUCUGUUUCCAGGCCUGCAUGAUAUUAUCGUCGGUGUACCACACGUUUUCCUGUCGAAGUGAAAAAGAUUACUGGUGUUUUUUAUCAUUCGACUUGUUUGGCAUUGCUUUGAGCCUCUUGUCGAUAUACAUGUCCGGAGUUUACUACGCGUUUUGGUGUCAUAAGGAGUUGCAGAGCUUUUAUUUAAUAACCGUACUGGCGAUUUUUAUAUUCGCAAUGACACUGCAAAUACCAAAACUAAAUGUCAAUGGUAACGUCAAGCUAGUCGUUUUUGUCGCUUGGGCAGCAUACGGAGUGCUGCCAACGCUGCAUUGGAGCAUCGCUAUGGGCGGGAUGGACAACCCGAUCGUUAGAAUGUUGCUCCCGAGGGUACUAGGAAUGUAUGUCAUUAGUGGUGGAGCGUUUGCCAUUUAUGUGACCAAAAUACCGGAACGCUUUUGUCCAGGAUGGGUGGAUUACAUUGGUUCCUCUCAUCAAUGGUGGCACGCACUGGUGGUAUUGGCUCUUUAUUAUUGGCACAACACUGGAAUGUUGUACGUGGAAUACAGAAUGAACCACGGCUGUCCGAGCAAUAUAAAACUAUUAUGACAGACGGAGUCUGGCGACCAUUUAGGCCGUGGAUUUAAUAUGGAAUGUGCUUGCGCUAUGGAAUUCAAUGUUUGGUCGUCAGAAUAUUACAACAAGCUGCCGUUUUAUGCCACCGAGAGGAAAACAACUUGCGCAAUUCAGAAUCCAUUGAAGGCAUAUAUCCAGCAUCAAGUGUUAUAGUUUUAUCGAAUGUGGUACAGGUGAAAUACAUUUGAAACGAAAACGGAUUCUUUGAAAACAUCAAACGCGUCCUGGCAUUAACAACGUUUAUUUAUUUUGUAUUUAUAAGUUUUAAAUAGAUUUAUUGCAUUUCCUUCGUUAUUCCAAUUUCGUACAGACUUUUCAACCAUUCAUUUUGAUUUACGUUGCUGGAAUUAUAUCGUCGGGAUCAGAUCUGGGCAAUUAUUACUUGAUACAGAAAUAAAAAAACAUUGAUUCAUUUGAAGCGACAGGAAUUUCAAAUAAUGAAACUGCUUCGUUCGUUCCCAUUUAAAUUACUACUCAAAAAGUGAUUGUUGAAAACCUUAUAUUAUCUUUAAUUCGAUUUUUUUUUUAGUAAUAAAUUUUUUUCAUAAGUCUUUUCUAAAGUGUCCAGUUCUGAUCAAAACAAGCUGCUCACUGUUGGAAAUCGUAUAAUGAUCUCGAUACUUUCAUAAUCGCGUGACCAUUUCAAUUUUACUCUAACGCGAUAAAUAUAUUUGCUCGCAUUAGCAACUUGUUAUUUUUUUUUUUUAACUUACGACAGAAAUUGUUUAAGUCGAGGAAUUCUGUUACCAUACACUCACAUAUUCGUACACAAAUAGAAAGAGCUGAUUAUACGCACGUUGCACAAUAAUUUUUGAACAAAUUGUCAUUAUUACAUGAUGUUGUAAAGCCGAAAGCAUAUUCGCGGUAAUUUAAUAGCACGAUUCUAAUGUAACUUUAAUAAUAUACCGAAGGUUAUAAUCUUUCAGUGCCUCGGACAAUUUGCGAAUAAAGUGAUAAAAUAUAUUAAACUUUGCUACGAAAUACAUAGAAAUAAUUUAGUCGAGAAUCCGAAUUCGUCUGAUUCUUUUACAUACUGUAAAUAAAUUUUCUUUUUCGCGAUAAAUACAACAAAUAUAUUAAUUUUUGUUUGAUUGUCUCGUUUCAAAACGUUUAUAAUUUUUCAUUGACUAGUAAUAAGGAGUUUCAUUUCAAUCUAAACUCGCGUAUUAAAAAAAUACGGUGAUUGUAACAAAAUGUUCUUUUGUCCAAUUGUUAAAUAAAAUUGUUACCUAAAAGUA